AUGUCCAAGUCAAUCGCCGCCAGCGCCGAGAAGAAGCGCUACAUUAGCAGGGCCGAGAGGGCCAGAAAUCAGCUGCGAUAUGAGAAGGCGAUGGACGCGAAGCGCGAAGCAUGGCGCAAGGAAGGCCUGCGCCGGGCCCGCGCCAAGGCCCGUUUGAUUCGUGAGGGUCGGUGGCCGGUUGUGCCGGCGGCGUAUGAGCGCCGUUAG